UGGAUUACAUCAAAUGGUUGGAUCAUUGGGAUCACAUUCACAUCACUCUUUGAUCUUCAGUUAACUUUUUGUCUUUUGUGGUUUGAUUUGAUUAAUAAUUAAUAAAGUUUUAUAUAUAUCAUAAAUUAUCAACCAUAUAUUUAAAAUACUAAUGAAUAAUAUAGGCAUUUAACAUAAUACUUUAACAUGAGGAGCGAUAUGGACAAGGAAGCUGGUACAUAUAUUUUGAAGAGUUAUGGAGAUUUUUUUAAAAAACAAUGUCAAGAUUACACUGCUUUAUUGGAAGAUGGAAAUAGAGAAAACAAAACAUUUACACCAAUACAAGUUGUCUUGGAGUCAAGUGAACUUACGCCAGUGACAGAUUUAGUUGCAUCUGAUAAUGCAGUGAUAACUAAAGUUUUAAGUGUGCUAACAUCCUUGUGUGUAGAAGUUAAUGCACUAAAAAAAGAAGCCUUUGAAAGUCAUUUCCAAUUUUUGUCAGUUUACGAUGAAUAUACAAGAAGUGAUAUAUCUGCUCAAAUAGAAUCAAUAUGUCUAUUAAACACAUUUUUAAGUCGCUGCAACGACACACUACAUAAUUUGUGUAGUCAAAUUUUUGCCAUUUUUAAUGGAGAAAUUAUAAACUUAAAUGGUAUUCAAUGGCACUUUGUGAUAAAUAAAAUUGGGGAAAUGUUUACAUUGAUAGUGAUUUUAGAAAUGUUAAUAUCGAGAUGCACUAUAACAUCAAAUUGGAAUAACUUUUGUAAGAAUCUUAACAUGUACAGCUCCAAACCUGAGGACCUAGAUUUAGAUGAAGAGAAAUUGUCAGCUUUAUCUGGUGCUACCAACAACAUCACAGUCAAACUAAUGAAUGAUGACAUUGUUCUGAGCACUUUGCAAAAUCUUCUUUUGUUAAGAAAAAAAGUUUUGUCAGUUAAGAAUUGUUCAGUUGUAUCAGCGGAGAUUACCCAAUAUCUAAAACUUGCUAUACUAAAUUUGGAUAAGCUAGCUCAGGAUAAACCUAGUGGUGACAAUUUGUACAAGUGCAUAAAAAUCAAUGCUCUUUUUGUGUUGAACACACAUCUUUUUGGAAAUAAUGAUAAAAAAACCUUUAAAAGUUUAAUGGAAUUGAACACAAAGGCACACAGCAUUUUUGUCAUCGGGACAGCUAUUUGGUUUCCUGAACAAUUUCUCCAGAGAUUUGUUCCAGCACUUUGUGGCAACUACAGCAAAUUACCACAAGCUAUGCUUAAAGCUAGACAGGCUUAUAUGAGUUCUAAAAAAAUGACUCUAACCAAAGAUAUCAUAAGUCUUCAAUAUAUAUGCUCGCAUUGGGCAUUGACAGUGGAAGAAGUUUUCUCUAGCAACAAUAAGUUGAGUGCUGCAGAAAUGACUCUUCAUGCAAAGACAAUUAUGGAUGGCUUAGAUGUGGCUUCAAAUAUAAAUUAUUCAGUUUUAUCUUUAAUCAAUUUGCACCUAUCUUUAGGAAUGCCACUAACAAAGCAGAUGUUGAUGUCAUUGUUUGAAAUUAUGGAUAUCCUAAAAAGUUUAUGGAAUGCAGUCAGCAGGAAUUAUGAUCAGAUUAUAAAUUCCAUGAAUAUGAUCAUACAACAUUUAACAUUUCAAGCAGUGUCUUCAAUACUUGAAAUUAAAAAGACAUUGAUGAGCGAUAAGAAGUAUGCCAAUAAGAGACUGGAUGAGCUCACUUGCAUUGUAAUUGCAGAACAGACCAUAAAAGGAGCAUCCACUUUGGAACGCAAUAUGGCCACUAACAUCGCCCUCAGUUUUGUGCCUGAAACUACAUACAUUGAAGAUAGCUAUGUGAGACUAGGCUUGUUGCUUGAAAAGAUACAAACCUUAUCUGAUUUUCCCGACAACAUUAAGAAACAUUGUAAUUGCUCCUGGCUGCUAUGGCAUCAAAAUAUAGUCCCAAUAUAUUUUGAACAAAAUUUUAGCAUGCAAUUACAUGCAGUAAAAUUGAAGUACUUUCUAAUGGCUUUAGAUGAUUGUGUGAUUUUGUUAGAACAGACAGACAAACAAUGCGGCAUGAACAGAGCUAAUGAGUUUAAAGGCAAACUUAAAAUCAUAUUUGACGAACGUGUUCUGAAAAAUAUAAGUCAGAACAUAGAAACUAAUCUUCGUCUGCACAUCCAUUCCCAUCUACAAUUAGACAUUGUGGAUCCUUUCAAUUACGAAAUGAUCAAAAAAAUGUUACUUCUAUUAGACAAUCUUCGAUUUCACAAUGAGUACAUGUCUGUCAAGCCCUGUGUAGAACAUUAUCUUUCAAAGACUUAUUACAAUUUGACCACUGUUGUUUUGUCAGACUGGAAAACAUAUGGUGAAAUGCGCCAAAUGGCUAAGCUCAAGUUCAAGCUUUCAACAAUACAAGAUAACCUUCCUACACAAACUUUGGAACAAGGUUUAGAUGUGUUAGAAAUCAUGCGCAAUAUACACAUCUUUGUUUCAAAGUAUCAAUACAACCUCAACAAUCAAAUCUUUAUAGAGAAAAGUAGCAAUAAUAAACAUCUCAAUUCAAUAAACAUUAGACACAUCGCUAAUUCAAUAAGAACACAUGGAACUGGCAUUAUGAAUACUACUGUUAAUUUUACUUAUCAGUUUUUAAAGAAUAAAUUUUUUAUUUUCUCCCAGUUUAUGUAUGAUGAACAGAUAAAGUCGCGCCUCGCUAAAGAUCUCCGAAAUUUUAAGGAAACUGCAGGUGAACACGGAAAUGUUUAUUUGUACAAGAAUGCAGAAAAAUUCAACAAAGGAAUCAAAAUUCUGGGGGUUGUAGAAGAUGGUCAAAGUUAUUUGGAUUUAUUUAGAGAUCUUAUUAGCCAAAUAGGCAACGCGAUGGGAUACGUGCGCAUGAUUCGAUCUGGCGGCAGACACUGUUGUUGCGAUGCGACGGCGUUUCUGCCCAACCUUGACUUAAAAGAUGUGAAAGGACUAUGUGAAAAAAAUGGUUUGAACGAAAAAACAGUACAAACAGCUGACAAUUUAGAUGACAACAUUAAUGGCCUCAUAACAAAUUUCAUUCAAGGAACAGAGUAUUUCAAAUUACUUGUAGAAGUUUUUGCUCCAGUUUUCAGGAAUCCUAAAAAUGUGCAUUUGAAGAAUUUUUUCAUCAUUGUACCGCCACUCACGCUGAAUUUUGUUGAACACAUGAUAUUGUCAAAAGAUAAAAUGUCAAAGAAAAAUAAAGCUGGAGCAGCUUUUACAGACGAUGGCUUUGCUAUGGGUAUCGCUUAUAUUCUCAAGCUGUUAGACCAGGAUUCCAGUUUUGAAACCCUUCACUGGUUUGAUGCAGUAUGGUCUCAUAUAAAAACAGAGAGGGAAAAUAUAAAUGAACAGAAAAGUAAAGGUUCUAUACAGUUACAACAAGCACUAGCUCUCACAGAAAAGAAGAUCAAAACCCUAGAAGAGGAGUUCAAACUGCUAUACUACAGUUUAACAAGUGCCAGAAUUUUCUUUAGAUAAAUAAACCUACUUUUUAAUUAAAGUAAAAUUCAAAAA